GCGCCAUUCGAAGGCGGUGUGUGGCCUUAAAAUUGCUACCAGAGCCCCCGACUGUCACUUCGAUACGCACCACGGUGAGGCGUGCACAGAAGCGUUCGGGCAGCAGCGACCAUUUUUAUGGGAAAACUUAUACCACCCGCCUUUGGGUGUGGGCCCUAGUGCUGGUGUGAACGUCUUCAUCCCGUCUCCAGUCGUCGGCAUUCCGGGAGCAAGGAUAAUUAAUUUGCGCUCUGCGGUGGUGUGCCGAAACGAUCCCGCGCAGUGACAUCCAAUCCACGCGGUUCGCGGUCGUGUUUGGGAGCUCCGUCGCGGAAUUAUCCCGGAAAAGCUCAGCGCAGCUAACUUUAACGUAAUAAAACACACCGACAAACACCGAACGCUGCUACUAAUUAGUCGCCAGCUCCGUCCGCCGACGGUGUCAUUCGGCGGUGCCCUAGCUGCCCUGGCUACGUGCCGCGGAUGCAGAAACCGAGCACACAGCCCCAGCACGAGGCGGCGUGGUGUGAACAACUUCGUCCACCAACCACUGUCGUCCACUGUUCGUGAUUCUAAAGCCAAAAAAAAGGAAGUCAGCCAGUGUGUGUGUGUGUGUGUGUAUUUGUGUGAGUGCACGUUUACAACUAUUCCGGGAGCAGCUGGAUUUUUCAUAUCGAACGUUUUCGCGGCUUUCACACGUUAGGAAAAUCAAACCACAAACUUCUACCACGUCGCUGUUUUUGGGACGCGGACGGAAGGGAAAAGUCCAAUCCAGCGUGCACCAACACGUGAGAGUUGUUCGUCUUUUUCCAUUUUCUUUUUUUUUUGCUGGCUGCAAUCUGGAAAAGCUUCCCCAUCGACAGAGUGGACGCGUUAAGAUAGUGUGUAAUUACAACAUCAACAACUCGGUGCAUCGUUUCCAAGUGCGACGCGGAAGACCCUGAGAUAGAGAGAGAGAGAGAGAGAGAGAGUGAGCUGUGCUCCGUGCGCCUUUGUGUGUCUGUUAGACACCUUUUGCUUGGCCACCGUUUGCCGUUACACCGGCUCGGACGGGAAUCCGAGCGCGUUUCCCUUCCGCCCAAAAGGUUGCUUAAAAUUCUGGCAAUGAUCUUUGGUGAUUUAGUAUGCUGCGUGCAUUUUGUGGUUCUGUUGCAAAGCUGCAUUGGCGCACUGGUGGCACCUCCGGCGGUGGCGGAUGGGCCGGUGGCAGCGCCACUCCUGCAGCAGCCGCCGGUCGGGACGCUGCUGCCGACAAACCGUAGCAGCCGGUACACGGAACCGACCCUACCCGGAGAGCUGAACGACUACUGCCGAGCGGCACAGGACUGCCGACAGUACGCCCAUGUGUGUGACACCCGCAAGCAGACGUGCGACUGUGCCGAAGGAUACCGGCCGGACGAGACGAAUCGGGCCUGUCUCGGGGCCGUUGGACGUCGAUGUUUGUACGACAGCCACUGCAUCACGAACGCGUACUGCAAGGGACAAAUGAUCUGUACGUGCAAGCGUGAGUACGGUUUCCUCGCCGAUGAUAACUGGUCAUGUCAAGCAUCAUCUGCGAGGACAUCUUCAAAAAUCAACCCUACUCAACUGCUGGCACUCGUGCUCGUGCUGACGUGGUGGAGCGCACCACGCACCAGGGCACUAUUGUGAGAAGAGAAUGGAUGCAUUUAUUGUAAGAUUUAAUUAAAGCCUUCUCCCCCGCCUCCCCCUGCAAGAAGAAAAGAAAGCACACCGAUGCAACCGGAUAACAGACGGAGUCUCUUAUUGGCCGUUAAAUAUUCUUCCGAUGCACUUCUGCCAUGCACCUGGGCCCUGGGCCCGGCACACAAAGGGUAGCUUCCAAGUGGCAUCGGCAUCUUUCAAUAAGCCUUCCAGGACACCGUGGUUACCCGCCCGAAGAUACUGAAAAGCGUUCAUUCCACUUACCAGCCUCUUGGCUGAAUGUACUGGAAAGAAAUGCACGAAUAGAGAGAGAGAGAAAAAUACACACAGCAAAGCAAGUGCUUUUCAGCUUCCGAUAAAUCUGCAUUGUCCCUUUCGCUCAACCCACACUCUACGCCGAAGCGCCGUACGUUGUCUGCGAAAGCGAGUCGUCCCGGGCCAAGUCGGCAGCGCCAGAGAAAAUGAAGGCAUCAGCUGUCGAUGUAAAAUCGAAAUAAGAUUAGUUUAUUCGUGAAGUGCAUUCUCAUUUCACUCGCUCCCCUCCCCCCCUUUGCCGAUGCCAGAAUCCAAUAAAACCCCGAAGCGGCUGGGCUUUGUUCCUGGGCUGCUGGAGUCGAGUCCUUGCUUGGACUCCCGGCACCCGGAUCGGAAGCACGUUCCCGAGGAGUGGGACAGGAUACAGCCGCACUUCAACCGAACCCCGAACGGAAGUGGGAAACGAAUCGGCGGCACUGCAGGAAGUCGUGCCACGAGCACAUAGCGAAGAAUAAAUAUUCCUUUGCUUACAAAUAAAUGUCGAAAUUGGGAUGGUGGGUACCCCGUUGGUGGUGAAUGUGUUUGCUGUUUGUGCCGUUCGGCAGAACAAAUGUUGGGUGAACGUGUCCCGACGUACUUUCUUUGCAUUUUUGCGGGAAGAAAAAUUCGACACCGCCAGCAGCUGAAGCAGCCGCUCUCACCCCCACAUAUGCCGUGGAAGGAAAAGGGGAGGUUUGGGUGUUUUGUGUGGGUCCUGGAGCAUUUGGCCUGCCUGCCGAGUUAGUUGUGCAAAUCGGACCAAGAGUUGAUUGUUUCCGUUCGGUAAAUAUUGUUUUCCAUGCAGCAUAUGAUCGUUAAACUGUGAACAGGCUCCUUAUCGAAUGUUUGCUACGCGUGUGUGUUUGUGCUUUGUAGUUGAAAAAUGUAUAAAAUAUAGAACGAAAAUAAACAA